AACAUGCCGUCCACACGAAAGCGAAAAGGCUCUCCAAGCCUCGAAGAGACCGCUGAAUCUACCAAGCGCCGGUUCGCCGAAGGGAGCGAGGCCGAAGCGGCAACAGAAGAAACCUCACAACCGUCCGCGACGACGACAUCGCAACCACAAAAGACCUCGCCUCACCCCUCAUCCACAACAUCUCAAGCAGCGGACGAUCGCGCUGCACGUUUUGCCGCUCUCCGCGCCCGCGCCACCUCCUCCAAAAAGCAGAACCUGAAUGCGACCAAGUCCGAAGCCGCCCACGCCGCCAUCGAUCCCACACAACUCACAUCCCUCCACCGCAAAAAGGACAUUGCAACACACAAAUUACUCAAAGCUGACGUCGAAGCUUCCGGCGGCGACUUUGAGCGACAACGGGCAUGGGACUGGACGAUUGAGGAGAGCGAGAAGUGGGAUGAGCGACUAGCUGAAAAAGCGCGAAAGCGAGACGGGAACAAGUUCGCGAGUUACGGAGCAGAAGCCGGAAGCGUGUAUGAGCGACAAGUCCGACAAAAUCUGGAGGGGAGGUUGAGCGCAUACGAGCAGAACAAAGUCGACGCGAUAGAGAGGGCGGUCGCGAGCGGAGGGUUGGAAUUGGUCGAGACGCCGGAAGGAGAGCUCAUAGCUGUGGAUCGUGAUGGGUCCUUUUUGAGUACGGCCGACAGUGCGACGGCGGGAUAUGCGGAGAAGAGGCCGAGCAAACAGGCUGUGGAUCGGCUGGUGGAGGAUAUCAAGAAGGCGGAAGAGGUCCGGCAGAAGAAGAGGAAGGAGAGAGGGCGGGCGGACGAGAAUGACUCGGGCGAUGUCACGUACAUCAAUGAGAAGAACAAGCAGUUCAAUAUGAAGCUGGCGAGGUUUUAUAACAAGUAUACCGCGGACAUCAGGGAGAGCUUCGAACGAGGAACGGCGAUUUGA